CGCGCGCUUUUUCACGUCCAUUCCGCGCAUCCGGCAAGUUUGCAAAUUCCGUCGUAGUUUGUCCCGGUGACCCAGCUCCGAGCUUCAAAAAAUGUCCACCGCUCGUGACAUCCUCCACAAGCUGCUACGCAGCCCCAAGCCUCGAAAAAAGUCCGACCUGCUGAACCAGCGGGAGUACAACUUACUGGCAGCCACCUCCUUCGAGCAGUUCCUCGCCGAGAACUUCAAUGAGGACCAGCUGGGGAAACUGUGCGCCGCCGAGAUGGAGCAGCUGCACUUUCACUACACGGAGCUGGAGAAAAAGUCCGAACGGACCAGGAAGAAGAUCCGCGAGAAGGCGUCCAAGGGAAGUAAGGGACCACCGCGGGUGGUGGUCCGGAACGUGCCGGCGCCGACGGUGUCCGCGUCGAGUAUUGUGCGGGCGGUUCCGCAGGAAGUUGUUCCGGAGGUGGAGAACGUUGAGAACGCGGCUGAGGGCGAUGGACCAGGAGAAGUUCAGGUUGAGGAGUUGAAUGUAUCGCUGGGGCGAAUUGAUUUGUCCCGGGCGAUGGCUCCGCCGGAGUUGUUGUUGGAGGAACCUGAGGUGGUGCCUUUGGUGGAACUGGCUGAGAUUGAUUUGGGACCGCCGGGAGAUGCGGGGGCGUUCUUCGGUGCAACGGAUCCAAUGCCGAUGGAUGAUCCGCAGGUGCGGGAACAGGUUCUGAGCGAGUUUCCAAGUCUUCGACGGCCUCAGAUUGACCGCCGGUACGAAGAUAUUGACGAAGAGUUGAACGCUCGGUUGAUGCCGCCGCCGAACGUACCUGGGGUGUCCGGGAUCAGUUCCAGCACGCCGAUCUCGACCGAUCCGAAGCUGCGACGUCGAGCAUUGGGGGCAAUCGAUUUGAGUUCUAUCAGACAUCAAACGGCGGCAGCGGUCGACGCACUGCUGCGGAGUGACGAAAGUUCGUCACAGGUUACGGCCGGGGAGACUGCGGCUCCAUCGAUUGAAACAGUCGAACCGGAAGUUUCCAGCAUUCCACAAACGUCCGAGGAACAAACUUCAUCCAACGUCGAUUCUGCACUUCCCACAUCAACCGAGAUCAGCAGCGAACCACCUCCAGAACCGAUGCAGGUUGAACCUGCUCCGGAACCUCUUCCAGAACCCAUCCCGGACAUUCAACCGCCGCCAUCUCCACAAGCACGACCUCAACCCGCUCCAUCAGAAGUGCCCUCCUCAACUUCGUCCUCUUCCACCGAACGUCCCGCACCGACAACGCGUGGCCCCGUCAGCCGAACCCGCCGCGUUCCCGAGUACAACCCGGACAACCUGGUCAUCAGGUUCCAAACGCGCACCACGUUCCCGCUCGGCCACGACGACGACGACUCCGAUGCCAGCAUGUUCGACACCGAUCAACAGCUGAUCGAACGCUUGCUCCAGCUGCGAGCCGCCCGGGAUGCCGCGGACAACGUCGCCCAACGCCAGGUCCCGCAAGUGGUCACGGACGACCAGCAACCGUCGCUGCGGGACAUUAGCACCGGUGCGGCCUACGCGGACAUCAGCUCGAUUCGGGAGCAACCGUCGGCGGGCGGGGCGCAGCUGCAAACGUCGUCCGGGGCGUUGUAUCCGAUUCCGGAGCGGCCGCAGGUGGAGGAGCGCGAGGAGUUGGCGCUGCGCAAGUCGCUGGAGCUGGUGCCGACGCGGACGACGACGGCGUUGGGGGACAGCAUGGAGCUGAGGAUGAGCGGGAAGGGAGCCGAUUCGCUGCUGGAGCCUGUUCUCGAUGUACCGAACCUGGAGGCGCCGCAAAUUGUGAUAACUGCUGAAACGGUCCAAGAACAACCGGCGGUGGCUGUGAUCAGACCUCCAAUCGUGGAAACACCACUGGUAGAGAUCCCUCCAUUUUUGCCGGUGCCUGAAGUUCUUCCGACGACGGCCGAUGGCCAGCGGCCAAAGGAACGCCCCCGCGAAGAUCCGGAACAGGCUGCUGCAAGUAAGCGUGAUGACCAGGACUCUUUGGAGGACCCACAACAUCCCAAAAGUGCUCCACAUAGUUUAUAG